AUGAGCGAUAUGAGUGAAAAGCGAGGAGAGGAAGAGCAGCAACAGCAAAAUGCAACCAAGUUAGAGCCAGUAGACGAACCGAUUGAUCAAGAACAGCCAAUGGAUCAUGAUUCCCUUGAGAAGCCACAGGAAGUGAGCAGAGAAGACGUUAAUCAAGAAAUCCAUCAAGCUGAAGAGGAGGAUGAGGAGGAAGAUGAAGGUGGUGAAGGUGGCGAAGGCGUUGAAGGCGGAUCCGGUGAGACUCGUUGCGUUUGCGGGAAUUCCGAUGAAGAGUCUUAUGGAUUCAUGAUUCAGUGCGAAACUUGUGGUUGCUGGCAACACGGCGUUUGCGUUGGAUUGGUCGAGGAGAAAUACGCACCAGAGACAUAUUACUGCGAGGAAUGUAGACCUGAUAUGCACCCAAUCGUGAUUCCAGGUCGUCCAGGGCGUAAACCAGCCAGACUCACACAACAGAGAAGAGAACUUAAGCAGAAAUCUCCUAUCAACAACACCUCCAACAACCCAAAUCCUUCUAGACGGCGCAGUAGCUCCUCAAUUGAUACCGCUGAAAGGGCUCGUUCCCCGAAAAGGAGAAGCACUCUCAAUAGCAGAGACGCAGCUUACGAUGAUGCUAUCGCUGCGUCUUUAUUAGAUGUACAGAAUGACAGUAUCAAGUCUCAGAUUGCUGAGAAGGAGAAGCACCGUUGGUUGCACUAUGGCCCUCCUUCCCAGCAAGAAGACGAACAACAUCACGACAACAAUGAUAACGAUCACCAUCCACAUGAUCCAACUCACCCAGACGAACUUGAACAGCCGGAGCAUCCUCCCCAACCUGAGCCUGAUCACACUCAACACAACGACUCCAAGGACUUGGAUAAGGAGGGCGAUUUGCCUCAACAAAGCGAGAGUGAUCCGCCUACGUACAAAGAUAAAACUGAGCCUGCACCUGACAGUGAGGCUGAUUACAAACCGAGAAGCAAGUCUGAGUCUAAGAGUACCAGAGGUCGUGGAGGCAAGCGCAAGGAUCAGGGGAGGAAUUCUACAGCUGCCAAAUCUAAAUCCAAAGAGAAGAGCGUUGUCAGUGGUGUCAACGAUGAAGAUGAUAGAAAUGAGAAUAGUAAAAGAUCAGCCUCACCUCCACCAGCUACAGAUGAACGUGAUCAGCGUGCACCACCUCGUGGAUACAAGAAGCGAAGAAGAGAGACUGAUGAGUCGAACAAUGAGGAAGGAUUCACCCCGCCAGCAACGGCUAAUGGACCGAAACGUACAGCGAAUGGCAGUCGAAAGGAUAAGCAACUCCAAUCACCCCAGAAACGUAAAGGAGGCACAAAAGACAAGGAGAAGAAGCAGUCAUUUGAUGAUGAGAGUAGUUUAUAUUGGAAUCUACCUGAUCACCUUCAACACCUCAGUCACUUGCUGCCAACUGAACAACCGGAAAUGCUAGCAUUGAGGAUACCGCACGGUUCUUCGACCUCCUCAAUGGAUACAGUCAAAGAAUUACCAACGAGGGUCAAGUUCCCUAGCAAGAGGAUGACAAUUGGAGAGAUGAAGAGGAGAGUGAGGAGCGUUUUAGAGUAUGUCGGACGAGUGCAGAUUGAAGCAGCUGAAAAACCUGCACCACCGGAGGUGACAGAAGAUGGCAAAGCACCUGAGAGCAUACAAAUGCUUGAUGACCUUACGCGUGAAUUGAUUCGAUUUAACGAUAAGUUCUCAACUUCAACAAAACGUCGAGAGGAGGAGGAAGAUUGA